AUGGAUAUCGAUGAAUUUCUCAACGAUCCCUUUGAGGACGCAUUGCGACCCAGAAAUACAAAUACACCCGAGGCAGACCUACAAGCUUUAACAAGAGCUUGGAUUAAUGAGCGUGGAGCUCCAGAGAUUCUACCAUGGCCUCCCAAUAAUCUUAUCGAACGAGUGACGGAACGAAUCAAAAAGCAAAUCGAGAAGGUAGAGGAAUUAACUGGAGAUAUGGAUCCGAAGACCAAUUUUGGUCUUAUUUGUUUACAGACAGAGUUGGAGAGGUGGAAAUACCUUAUCAGAGGAUUGGUCAGAGCCAGAAUCGCAAAAAUUGAUGCGCAUACUUUACACUAUCUAAGCAACGAAGACCUUCGAUCACGAUUAUCGGAAACCGAAAUAGCGUAUGCCACGAGACAUCAACAAUUACUACACAACCAUUACUUGUCGAGUUUUCUGGGGAGUUUUCCGAGCACACUACAGAAUUUGAAUGAUCAAGCUGGAGGCAUUUCUAUGAUCAGCGGACCGGAUGAAGAUACGGCGGUAUUUGCCAGAGGUACGGGAAGCUACGAAGAAUUUACUGGUGAUGGUGGUAGUAUAGCUGUUUUGGGAAGAGGGAGAGAUGGCGAUGAUAUCAAAGAUGUUGGUAGAGGUGAAGUUGUGAUUGCAAGAUGGUCGGAUAUCAAAGAGCAUGUUGAGAGGGGAGAAAUGGAAUUGGUCUGA